AUAAAUAAGUAUAGCUUUCACACAGCUUUUGCAUAUGUGUGGUGACAUGUGCUUUAAACAGAUAAUGGUAACAUGCUUCUAAUAGCAGGGAGGAGAUUAUUUCUCAUAGUGAGGAGGAGAGGGAGGGAGAUGAGUGCGCUUUCAAAUCUAUAACGUGUAAAGCUUUCCCAUGCCGCAAGGAAGAAAGACGGAAAGGGGGAAAUUGUUUUAUUUUUCAUUCUCUGAGCUCUUGCUGGCUGUGACAUGUCUUGGAACUACUGAAAUGUGAGUGAAGCUGUUGAAAAGUCGUGCCGAAGAGGGAGUUCUCCUCUCCAUUCGUAAGGCUUCUGAAGAAUUGUGAAGACCUUGCUUUAUCUCUAUCUUCAUCAUCUCUGGAAAAAGUAUUGCCGGGUGUAUUUAAAUUGAUGUCCUCUGCUACUGAAAUCUGCUUCAGCACCAUGACAACCGGAGUAGCAGAAGUUGGGGAAUUGCCCUUGGAGUCUUUGGUGACUUGUAAGCUGUGCUUAUCUGAAUAUUCACUGGAUAAGAUGACCGCUCUUCAGGACUGCAACUGCAUCUUUUGUACCUCGUGUCUAAAGCAAUACAUACAAUUGGCCAUCCGUGAAGGGUGUGGUUCUCCCAUCACUUGUCCAGACAUGGUCUGCUUAGGCCAUGGGAUGCUGCAAGAAACAGAGGUAGCCAGCUUGGUGUCUGCAGAGCAAUUUCAAUUGUACAAGCAGUUGAAAUUUGAAAGAGAAGUGCACUUGGAUCCACUGAGGACCUGGUGUCCCUCUGCUAAUUGUCAGACUGUGUGCCAAAUUGAACCAAGCGACUCUGGAUUACCGGUGCCUAUAAAAUGUCAGACGUGUUACUUGACAUUCUGUUCAUCGUGCAAAGAGCCUUGGCACGUGGAGGGAUCAUGCUCAGAAGGCCAUUUGAUGGGGAUUGCAAGUGAGCAAGGAACGCUUAUUAAAAACAACUCAGAAGCUCUAAUUAAACAAUGUCCAGUUUGUCGGAUCCAUAUUGAACGGAACGAAGGCUGUGCUCAAAUGAUGUGUAAAAAUUGCAAGCACACAUUUUGCUGGUACUGCCUACAAAAUUUGGAUAACGACAUCUUCUUAAGGCAUUAUGACAAAGGUCCCUGUCGAAAUAAACUGGGCCAUUCACGAGCCUCAGUUAUGUGGAACAGAACACAGGUUGUUGGCAUCCUAGUAGGCCUGGGAAUCAUCGUUUUGGUAACAUCUCCAUUACUGCUCUUAGCUUCGCCGUGCAUCAUUCCUUGCAUCUGCAAAUCCUGCCAAAGCAAGAAAAAGAAACACGGCCCACCACCAACAUAAAAUGUUCUGCCUAUUUUGGAUGUGAAUGUCUAUUGUGUUUGUCAGGAAGAAGACUAAUGGUUGACAUCUUGCACUGUGCUUUACCAACCAAUGCUCCUUCGUUUUGCCAACUUCUGUAAAAAGUGCCUACUGGUUCACAGGUUGCCACUUUAUUUGCAAGCUGCAGUUCAGGGGGGGUGGGGGUGGGGGGGUGAGGGGGUAUUUGUUGUGAUCUGGGUUAAUUCUGUUUUUUUCAUUUUUUAAAAUGGAGCCAGACUUGUAAGAUAUUUUAAGGCGUUUCAGAAUGACUGCUUUGUUGAAAUCAGCACAUGAAAUUGCAGCUGUUCAAUAGAUUCUGAAUGGCUAUUGAUUUUCAGAAACCUUGAUACUGUAUCUCCUGAAGAAGUUGUGCAGUUGAGUAAGAAAAUAAAAUGUGUAAUCCCCCAAUUUUAAAAGAAAAUGUUGGUUACUUAAAAUUUUAGAUUUCUAGUGUGGAUUUAGUGGCUGUUAAAAAAACCCUCAAUUCUUUAAAGUUAUUGUACAACUUUUUAUUU